CCACCCUGAGGGCGGGGUCGCGUCCCUCCAUGGCAACCGGUUCGGCGUCGCCCCCUGGAGGCGGCGGAGGUAGUGGUGUUACUCAGGCGUUUACGGUAGGCAGCCUGGGUCCUGGCGGAGGGGUCUUUGCGCGGCUGGUAGAGGUGCCGGAGCGGCAGCGGCCGGUGGCUGCGGAGCGAAAAUGGCGGACGUGCUGAGCGUGCUGCGGCAGUACAACACGCAGAAGAAAGAAAUUGUGGUGAAGGGGGACGAGGUGAUUUUCGGCGAGUUCUCCUGGCCCAAGAAUGUCAAGACCAACUAUGUCAUCUGGGGGACUGGGAAAGAGGGACAACCCAGGGAAUACUACACUUUGGAUUCUAUCUUGUUCCUGCUUAAUAACGUGCACCUUUCGCAUCCUGUUUAUGUCCGCCGUGCUGCGACUGAAAACAUUCCUGUGGUAAGAAGACCCGAUAGGAAAGACCUGCUUGCAUACCUAAAUGGUGAAACAUCAACCUCAUCAAGCAUAGACAGAAGUGCUCCGCUUGAAAUUGGUCUACAGCGCUCCACUCAAGUUAAAAGAGCAGCAGAUGAAAUACUAGCUGAAGCAAAGAAACCAAGAAUAGAGGAUGAAGAGUGUGUACGCCUUGACAAGGAACGGUUGGCAGCUCGAUUGGAAGGACAUAAAGAAGGUAUCGUGCAAACGGAGCAGAUCAGGUCCUUGUCUGAAGCCAUGUCAGUGGAAAAAAUUGCUGCUAUCAAAGCAAAAAUCAUGGCAAAGAAAAGAUCCACUAUCAAAACUGAUCUGGAUGAUGACAUAACUGCUCUUAAACAGAGAAGUUUUGUUGAUGCUGAAGUGGAUGUAACCAGAGAUAUUGUCAGCAGGGAGAGAGUAUGGAGGACAAGAACUACAAUCUUGCAAAGCACAGGCAAGAACUUUGCGAAGAAUAUUUUUGCAAUUCUUCAAUCAGUAAAAGCCAGAGAAGAAGGCCGAGCACCUGAACAAAGACCUGCACCAAAUACAGCACCGACGGAUCCCGCUUUACGAAAUAAGCAACCUAUUCCAGCUGCCUACAACAGAUAUGAUCAGGAAAGAUUCAAAGGCAAAGAGGAAACGGAAGGCUUUAAAAUUGAUACCAUGGGCACCUAUCACGGAAUGACUCUCAAGUCUGUAACGGAAGGUGCUUCUGCUCGCAAAACUCAAACGCCAGCAGCACAGCCUGUACCACGACCAGUUUCUCAAGCAAGACCACCUCCUAACCAGAAAAAAGGAUCGCGAACUCCUAUAAUCAUUAUUCCAGCAGCCACGACCUCUUUAAUAACGAUGCUUAAUGCCAAGGACCUUCUGCAAGAUCUGAAGUUUGUACCAUCAGAUGAAAAGAAAAAACAAGGCUGUCAGCGAGAGAAUGAAACUCUAAUACAGAGAAGGAAGGACCAGAUACAGCCUGGGGGAACUACAGUCAGCGUUACUGUACCUUAUCGAGUAGUAGACCAACCUCUGAAACUUAUGCCACAAGACUGGGAUCGUGUGGUGGCAGUGUUUGUACAGGGUCCUGCUUGGCAGUUCAAAGGCUGGCCUUGGCUCUUGCCUGACGGAUCACCUGUUGAUAUCUUUGCAAAAAUUAAAGCUUUUCAUCUCAAAUAUGACGAAGUGCGUCUGGAUCCAAAUGUACAGAAAUGGGAUGUAACAGUGUUAGAACUAAGCUACCACAAAAGACACUUGGAUAGGCCAGUAUUUCUACGCUUCUGGGAAACUUUGGACAGGUAUAUGGUAAAGCACAAAUCUCACUUGAGAUUCUGAAUCCUCCAGCUGCCAUUUAUUUCCUGAAGUAUGGAUUGAGAAAAAUGAAAGGGGCUCCAGUUUGGAGACCAGAGCUCGCACUAUAUGAUAUGUCAAGAACUUUACAGACAAGGAAGGGUCACAGUUUAAACUUUUUAUAAAAUCUUGUUUGGAUGCUUCAUGCUAUGGCAGGUUGAUACCUGUUAUUCUUCAGAAGCAAAGGGGUUUUGCUUAAAACUAUUUUUUUAAUGUUGUUAGCCUCUAGUCUGCAAUCCAAAUUGUAUAUUUUGAUAGCAGCAGUUUCUUCUCCGUUUUGUUAAAUUAGCCACAUUUUUAAAUGAUGUGUUUUGUUCCUUAUUAGAAAAUAGAUCAAUCUUCACUGCAGGUUAAAAAUGUGUGUGUGUGUGUGUGCGUGUGCGCGUGUGCACACGUGUGUGUAUAUAUAUGUGUGUGUGUGUGUCUAUAUAUAUAAUGUAUAAAACAAAUCAGGCACACUUACGCACACAUAAAUGUUACCAGGCUUUCUAAACCACUUAGCUUCUGAGCUUAGUUUUGGUUUUCUUUGCAUAUUGUUUCACUUACUGAAAGAUUUUUGUUGUGAAUUAUAUUACAUUUUAGUCAAUAGGACUUAAGAAUUGAGCAAAGUGAAAAUUGUUUUGGAUAAAUCAACAUGUCAACCUGUAUAUGUAUAUUCUGUCAGUCUUUGUUGAAAAAGGGAAGAUGAAAAAUCUAGAAAGACUUUUUUGGGUUUGUAAUGUCCCUGUUUACUAAAUCUUUAAGCUUCAUUAUAGGAAUACCUUCAAGUCAUGUUAAUUUUAAAUUGCCAUUCUCCACACAGGUCUCUUUAUUUAAACUGGAAGUGUGCAUGUGUACAUUCCCAUCUAUCAAAAUGCCUUUACAUAUGAGUCUAAAUGUUACCUAGAUUAAACAGUGAAUAGAGAAGGAGAGAGUUUGGAUUUUUUUUUUUCUCCUGAAACAGCCACCACAAGGAAUGAAUAAUUUUAACUUCUUUGCAUUUAUAUCUCUUAAUACCACCUCUAAUAUUAUCUUCUUGCGACAAAAGUAGCCCAGGCUAUGUUUACAGGAGUUGCAGUUUUCUGAGAUGAGUGGCUAAUAUGGCCUUCUAACAGUCCUGCAUUGGAAUGGAAAAUGAACCUACUCCAGUUACCAAAGAACAAUUUGCUUGAUCUGCAGUAUAAGGCCAGAAGACCCUGGUAUUUGUAUGAAUUUAUGGUAUCUCUGUAUCUAUUUAAUAAUGUUACUUUGGUGUGGCAUACCAGUGGAUGUAGAGAAAGAUCAAAUACUGUAACACCCUCAUGAAUUUUUUCUGCAACACAAAAUACAUGUUUAUAUUCCUGUUCUUAAAGUUCCAGACCAUGUUUUCUUAAUAUACUUUAUGUUUAAGGUUUGACAAAAGUAAAAUGUUCUAUGCUAUUCUUCUUUAGUUUUGCUUUUUGAUGUUACCUUCAUUUUUAAUAAAAUCAGAAGGCACAUCUCCCUAAGAGAUUUUUAGAACUGUUUCUGAAAUCUGAGGACUGUGAGGUCUGGCUUUUAAUUAUGUAUUUCCAUCCCUGCUGUAUCGAGACUGCUGUUUUUAAGUGGUCUUAAUAGAAAUGUAAAAAAAAACC